AUGAAGAACUCUCUCUCCAUCAUCGCCCUUGCGGGCUCCGUUGCUGCUGCACCCGGUGGAUAUCAAGACGGUGGUUACCAGAAUGGUGGCUAUGAGCACGGCGGAUAUGGAACUGGAUCCUACGCUGUUCCCUCGUCGUCUGCUUACGUCCCGCCUCCCUACAGCGCCUCGGUGCCAGAGUACUCUACUCCUGAAUACUCCACCCCGGCACCUUCUUCGUCUUAUCCAGUGUCGACGCCUGAGGUCCCGGAGUACUCUACCCCGGCACCUCCGGUCUCUUACUCGUACCCCGUAUACACACCGCCUGUAUACUCCACAGGCUACGUCCCGCCUGUUCCAUCCUACAGCCAGGCUCCUCCUCCAUCGUAUAGCCAGGCCCCUCCCCGUCCUCUUACGAGACCCCUCGCCUUCUUCUUACGAGGUUCCUCCCCAUCUUCCUACGAGACCCCUCGCCUUCUUCUUACGAGGUUCCUCCCCAUCUUCCUACGAGACCCCUCGCCUUCUUCUUACGAGGUCUCCACUCCUACGCCCUACUACCCUACGGCGCCCCCACCACCACCUUCGUACAGCACCCACGUGCCUCCGCCGUAUCCUUCAUACAACGCCUCAGUCCCGUAUAUCACCACUAGUUACACAACCACCAAGACUGUGACUAUUCCGUGCACGACUGUCAUCACCCCUUCGGUCCCGGGGUACAGCACGAUCGUCGUCACCCCCUCUGUCCCGGGAUAUACCACCGUCGUCACCCCCUCCAUUCCAGGAUACGAGACUCCCUCGGCUCCAGGAUACGAAACCCCCUCUGCUCCUGGAUACGAGACUCCGAGCGCUCCGGCACCCCCGGUCUACACUACAGUCGUUCCUCCCCCAUCCGUGCCUGGGUACGAGACGCCAACCCCCAUCACGACGGUGACGUAUUCGACCAGCAUCAUCACCUCCACGAUUACGACUUCUUACCCUGCGCCACCCACGGUCGUCCCCAGCGGAUACACUCCUGCUCCCCCAGCUCCUCCGUCUGGGACUGCGCCCGGCUACAGCACCCCCUCGGUUCCUUCGGCCUCUGGUACUCCCGUACCAUCUUCGCCUGCCGAGUUCCCUGGGGCCGCAUCGGCGCAGAAGCCCGUCGUGGCUCUCAUUGCGGGUGCUUUGGUCUUUGUUGCCCUCGCAUAA